CUACAUUCAUAUUUUAAGUAACACAACCUGCUCCCUUCACAGUCGGUUCCUCACAUUGCAGUCACAUCUCUACUCAACGCAUUUUCUCGUGGAAGAUGAAUUAUCGGGUCUCUUCGAUUCUUUUACAGCAGUGUAAUGGUUAAAUCAGUGCCGAAUGCGUUAUUUGAUGUGGUGUGUGGUGUCUAAGCUUGAGCAGUCCUCUACAGUGAGAAGAUGGCGUCGGACGGAGCGAAAGGGGAGCAGCCGCCUCCGCUACAAACACUGGUAACCACUGGCCAUGGAAGCGUCGAGGCGAAAUGUGAGCUUAACAUUGACAACCUGAGCAAACCAGAGCUCCUGACCCUCCUGAGCAUCAUGGAGGGAGAGCUUGAGGCCAGAGACCUGGUCAUUGAAGCCCUCAGGGCUCGUAGGAAAGAAGUAUUUCUGCAGGAACGGUAUGGACAAUUCACCCUAACGGACCCGUUCCUUGCCUUGCAGAGGGACUUUGAGCCUGAAACGGGGGCAAAGGACCAUAGGCCUGUUAGUGCAAGCCCCAUCACCGUUCUAGAAGCUGUAAUGGCCCACUGCCGCAAGAUGCAGGAGAGGAUGUCUGCCCAGCUUUCGGCUGCCGAGAGCAGACAGAAGAGGCUUGAGAUGGAGAAACUGCAGCUGCAGAGUCUGGAGCAGGAGCACAGGAAGCUGUCGGCUCAGCUAAAGGAUGAACGAGAGAAAAACAAACACGUGGUGAUGUCACUAGUGCAUGAAUGCAAGCAGCUAGCUGCUCGUGUUGUCGAAGAGAACCAGCGCUUUGAAGAGCUGUCAUCCCGCACUGAUCAGGAUGGCCACUCCGUGGGACGACUGGAGGAAGAGCUUGCGAUUGAGCACCAUCGUAGCCAACAGAUGGAGGCGGAGAUGGAGAAACAGCUGGCCGAGUUUGACACAGAGCGAGAGCAGCUUCGUGCCAGGCUUAGCCGCGAGGAGACGCGUUCUGCAGAGCUGCGUGCUGAAAGCGAGAUUCUACACCAGCAGGUGGAGCAGCUAAGAACUGAGCGAUGCAAAGAUGCCCCACCACUGCCUUCUGGUACCCCAGCAUCUGCCACUGUCCCUGCCCCAGUUAAACCCAAGACUAUGACAUCUGUGGCCGUGGGCACUGAAGCAGUCAUCUGUAAGGAAUCAUCCUCUCAAACAGACCUUCCUUUGGAAAAUGAAGUGCCUAAGAAGGUGCUACUCACCAUCCCUGUCAAGCCUACUGGUACCAACUACACUAGCUUGAACCUCCCUAAAACUCACAGUGCAGGACGGGGACUACACCAUGGGAGCUCUCAGGCAGAAAAUGGUGGUGAGGGCCAAACGGUUCCACAUGGUUCACACUCACCUGGUGUGUCUCUUACCUUGCCAACUGGGGUCAGCCCCCGCGUCCAGGCGGCCCGUUACAAAUUCCAGCCCUCAUCCUCGGAGCAGGACCAAAAUGGAACACCAAACCAGAGUCCCCCUUCACGUGACCUGUCCCCUACAAACCGAGAUAUUUUUGCAGCCAAGCAGCAGGCGCGCCACACUGUCACACAGGUUCUUUCCCGUUUCACAAGCCCACCUGCAGGGGGUCCCCCUUCAGUUCUACGGUCUGGUCUCCCACACUCCACAUCUGAGGGGGGGCCCUUCGCAGGGCGUUUAGGACACCCGACUGUGGCCCGCAUCGACAGGGGUAAUCCACCCCCCAUCCCGCCAAAAAAACCAGGACUAUCCCAGACACCAUCCCCUCCUCACCCACCAAUCAAAGUAGUAAGUGAAGCCAACAGGCCCCUGGGAACUGGAUUGGGGGUGGGUCUUGCCAAAUCAACUGCCACCCCUCAACUUCCACCAAAGCCCUCCUUAGAUUUGGGUGGUACAGUCCCAGCCUUGACUGCGUCACAGGUGGGUGCUUCCAUCACUGGCUGGUCGUGGGGGCCACAGCCUAAAGCAGCAUGUGUGGAGUGUCCCCCUGUCACCACCACCUCCACCAAAGCUACCAUUGUCAGUAGCCCUUCCAUAAAUCUUGUUAGUGUUCCAUCCUAUAGCCCCCAGCAUCCGGGCAGCCCCCUGGCAGCAGCAUCAGGCUGGUGUCCCUCCAUAAUCCCCUCGCUAACCUGCGGUGACCCCGUCCCCCUGGAUGACGGGCAAACCCUUCUCCUCCAAGCUGCUUCCCAGGGAAAUGUCACUUUAUUGUCUAUGCUGCUUAACCAAGAUCCACUAUUGGAUAUUCAUCACCGCCAUCAUGAAUUAACCUCUGCCUUGAUCUCUGCUGCUCUGAAUGGACACACAGACUGCUUAAAUCUGCUGCUGACUUCAGGGGUGUCUGCUGAAGCUACAGAUGAAACAGGAUUUACACCGUUACAUGCUGCUGCUAAAAACGGUCACCACGGGUGUGUUAAAGCUCUUGUCAAGUUUGGAGCUGAUGUAGACAGAGAGUGUUCUCAUGGAAGGACCCCUCUGUACCUGGCUUGUGAACAGGGACAUGUAGAGUGUGUGAAAGUCUUGCUGGAUGCAGAAGCAGACCGGUCACACGUUACCACUGACAACUGCACAGCUCUGCACGCUUCAGUCAGUUCAGGUCACGUGGACACUCUGAAGCUCCUGCUACACCACCCGUCUCUUGAACCAGAGCUGGGUCACCCUCCCUCUCCUUGGGGCCCCAAUCAAGAGCUCCUACACCCUGCCACAGUCAAGGCCAGCUACUUCCUCAACCACAGUAACCAGGAUGGCUGGACUGCUGCCCAUAUCGCUGCAUCCAGGGGCUACAAGAAAUGCCUGGAGGUUUUGUGUAACCACAGUCAACAGAACAUUGAGAAGAGGGACAAUUGCAAUCGCACCAUACAUGAUGUUGCCACAGAUGACUGCAAAGACCUACUAGAAAACCUGGACUGGUAUACAGUGGUUGUACAGGUGCAGAUGGGCUCAACAGAACAUCUUUGCCCCGUGGAUCUCCUGGAGGAUGGCUUCACUGUUGGCAAAGUGACAAUUCAGCGCCACACCAGCUGGGUGGAAUUGGAGAGGUCCUUGAGUCACCUGCUGACCAAUCACCUUCAGCAAGUUUGUGGGAGCUGGGAGCUACAGGAAGGGGUUGGCAGAGCAGACGCUCCUUUGGGCCUAUCUGCUGACAGCAUGGCCUCUGUUAUUAUAGGUGAUGCCGUCUGGCUGCCGGGGCAGGAGUUGGCUCAGUCACCUUGGGACCUUGUUCGAAAGCACCUGAGUCAACAUAUUACCAUACAUCUUAAAGGCCUGUCAGAGUGCUCUUUGGAUGAGAUGACGUACGACUCCCUGAUCCCUCUACAGCUGCUGCAGAACUACGUCCGCCUGGUGGAGCAAUACCAUAACAUCAUCUUUCAUGGGCUGGAAGGAAGUUUUCAGGAGUACAUAGCCAAUCAGAUCUCUCAUUAUAUAAAGCACAGACAGGAAACUCUAGGGAUUGGCUGUGAUAUCGUCAGGGUGGAGAUGGAUGAGAGUCUAUCUAAAGAGCACCUACUGGAGAUCUUCAUCAACUGUGGGUUCCUGGUGUCUUUGCAUGACGGCAGUGCAGGGCGAUGUGUGGUGGUGGUCCUGGAGGGUCUGGAGAAAACUCACUCUCUCAGCCACAUUCUGGGAGAUCUGUGUGAGGCCCUGGAGAACCGAGGAUCAGUCUAUACCUUCUCCCUCAACAAUGGUCACGAUGGGCUUUACUACUUCCGAGAAAGGAGUUUUCUGAUUGGCACGCUGGCCAGGUCAUGCCUGCAAGGAGCUGAGCUACGAUUACAGCAGCACUUCCGCUGGGUUCAGCUGCGCUGGGACACUGAGCCCAUCAAAGGCAUGCUGGGACGUCAUCUCUGCAGAAAACUCCUCCACAAGACUCAAGGCCAGUGCUGGACAUCUAAUGAGCCCUUACACAAAGCACUUUCUUGGGUGUGUUCAGUCUGGUACCAACUCAACGCCUGCCUCUCGCAUCUUGGGACCUCUGAGGCCUUGUUGGGACCCUAUAUCUUCCUCUCCUGCCCUGUGUAUCCAGAACAGACCCAGACAAUUCCCAAGUGGUUGGCAAGGCUUUGGAAUUCAGUGAUAGCUCCACGUGUCGAAGAUGCUGUAAUAUCUAGAGUAACAGCCAAGCGCUCUCCCUCCCAGCGGUGGUCUCCCAACAAUAAAGGUCUGAGCCCAGGUCAGAGAGCUGUAGUCAAAGCAGCUCUGAAUAUCCUGCUGAAUAAAGCCGUGCUACAAGGCUGCCCACUGCCCAGACCAGAGAUUGACAGGCUCUUACCAGAGUUCCAAGGAGGAUGUUUCCCAAUCUCCAUGAUUGGCUCCUACAGAAAUAGUGGCAGAAAAGGACGUGAUAAUAGUGCUUGGAGACGAGCUAAUACCAGUCCACGGAAGAAAGGAAGCCCCGCCCCUGGGAGGAGCUCAAGCUGCUCUUUGAGAGAAGGAUCUCUGGCUAAUUUAGACGCUAGCCAAAUGACAAAUGCCAAUCAUGCAAGACUCAGUGAUGGAGUUGCUGUUGGUCUUUCUCUCUACUCUGAUGAUGAGACUGAUCUAAUCAGGGAACUCCAGACCAUGUGCUCUAGCAAAUCUGAACCAGACAUAAGCAAGACUGACAGUCAUCACAUCUCCCCUCGGCGGUUGACAAGGCCCAGAUCUCAACUGCCCAUCCCAAGCAGCAGAGGGGCUCAGCAAGUGAGCACUAGCAGCAGCAGCAGUAGUUCCCUUCAAAGUCAAGGCAGUACUUUGAGCAGAGCCUCCAUGAGCAGCAGAGCAAGGCAGCCCCCACCCCACAACAAUACAAACAACUUUACACAAGACCAGAUCUGGAUCCUGGAUCCAAACUGUAAUGAAGACUACAGUAAUCAAUGAUAGACUCCUCUCACUGCCCUCCCAUUGCCCUUAGUUGGUUAUCACCCUCUGUGUUGUGAAGUUUGGUUACAGGCAGCAUUUUAGUAUUUGUAAAUGUUGUCCAUACUUGUUACACUAUAUAACAUUGUGUACUAUGGGACCAUAGUUUAAUAUAUUAACUGUUUAAGUAAAGAACUUUGACAAACGUAAGAUAAUACAAAAAUUCUACUACAAAAAAGUGCUUGAACACUUUUGCCUUUAAGGUAAAAUGUUUUGGAUCAAAGUUAAAGCAGGUAGUCUUUUUGCUCUUUAGUAUUUUCAAUGAAGUGUUCUAUGUUUAAAUAGAUGAACGGUGAGUUUUAGAAACUGUCAGAAUCAGGGUUUUACCAAAUAUGUGUAAAUACGAACUGGGAUCUUAAAUGUUAUAUUAGUUAGCGUGUGUGUGUGUGUGCGCGUGCGUGUGAUAUUACACUUGUCCAUUGGAGGAACGUGAAGGGAAUGUGAGAACUGUAUAUACUGUUUGUAAUAUUACAUUUUGGUUUGUAUUUUUUCAUUCGUUUCAAAGCAAACAGAAUGUGGCAUUUAUUACUGGCAUCGCAAACACAGGAUAUUUUGUUGUGUCUGUUAAGCCAUAAUUAGUAUUUUCGAUUACCCUCAUGCGUGCUCAGUGACUGGCUUGACCCAAACCAUACAGUUUGAAGUGGCACACAUUACUUGUCCAUUUGUGUUCUGUUAGGUUAAACAAGUUUUCUUUUAAAUUCAUUAUUGUUCUUAUGUACAGAAGAGAUUACUGUCGACCUCUGAUGUUUAACUGUAUUAUAGUUGUCUGACGGGGUUCAGAGAAAUUGUCCUGUUUCCUCCAAGCACAAGAAUUAAAAUGCACUAUCCUAG